ACGGGGAAGGGCCGCCCGCCCCCCAGGUCCGCCCCUCUCCAAUGCUGUUCAAAUGCCAGCCCCGGCAGCGGGGCAGGGCUGGGGCCCCCUCGGCUAGCGGGCAGAGCGCCCGGCUCGCCGCGCAGCUCCCGGGCCAUGGAGCACGUGGGGCCGGGCCAGGAGGGGAACGCCGCGGAGCCCCUGCGCUGACUAGCAAGCUAUCAGCCCCCUUGUCACCUUCCAUAGAGGAUAAGGCCAGCACUUCUAGGGAAAUCCCGGUGUGGGACUGGAAGAACUGUCCACCAUCCAGAGCCCUUGUUGGAAUCAGGGGCUGAUCUCUGGUAAACCUGUUACCAUGCCUGCUUUUCUGAACAAGGUUGAUUUGCUGUGGAACUUGAAGCCUGCUUUUCAGAGGUGGUAGGAAAGAAGAAACAACAAAUAUAAAGUCUCCGUGUGCGAAAGAGAACAGUGAUUCACUAAUACUCUGCACCUGAAGUGAAAUACAAACGAUCAACGGUCUCACAUCUGCCAUUGCAAGCAGGUACAAUUCAAUAUGAAUGAGAGAGUGGAUUCCAAUUCUUCACUCAGUUGGCCUCACAUGCAGAGUUUCAAUGGCACAUACAAGUAUCCAUACCCAGACCACAACAUUUCCUAUGUGGACUUCUACCUUCAUCAGCCACUAGUGGCAGCCAUCUUCAUCGUCUCCUACCUCCUCAUCUUCCUCCUGUGUAUGCUUGGCAAUGGAGUGGUUUGCUUCAUUGUUCUGAGGAGCAAGCACAUGCGCACAGUCACAAACCUCUUCAUCUUGAAUUUGGCUGUCAGUGACUUACUGGUGGGGAUAUUCUGCAUGCCUACCACUCUCCUGGAUAACAUCAUAGCAGGAUGGCCCUUUGGGAGCAUGGUCUGCAAAAUGAGUGGGAUGGUCCAGGGAAUCUCCGUCUCAGCCUCUGUUUUCACUUUGGUUGCAAUUGCAGUUGACAGGUUCCGAUGCAUUGUUUACCCAUUUAAGCAGAAGCUCACCAUAUCAACUGCGGUUGUCAUUCUAGCAGUCAUCUGGGUUCUAGCUAUCGCCAUCAUGUGCCCGUCUGCAGUCAUGUUGCAGGUACAAGAGGAAAAGUAUUUCAGGGUGAUCCUUGGCUAUAGCAAUCAAACCAGCCCUAUAUACUGGUGCCGGGAGGAUUGGCCCAAUCAGGAAAUGAGAAAGAUCUAUACAACGGUGCUGUUUACCAACAUCUACCUGGCCCCCCUUUCACUUAUCGUCAUUAUGUAUGCUAGGAUAGGGAUCGCGCUCUUCAACAAAGCAGCACCUGUAGGGGGAAAACAGAGCCAGGAGCAGCGCCACUCCGUGUCCAAGAAGAAGCAGAAGGUGAUCAAAAUGCUCAUCAUUGUGGCUUCACUUUUCAUCCUGUCCUGGCUCCCCUUGUGGACUUUGAUGAUGCUCUCAGACUAUGCCAAUCUGACGGAGGUCCAGCUGCAGAUCAUCAACAUUUACAUCUACCCCUUCGCUCACUGGCUGGCCUUUUUCAACAGCAGCAUCAACCCGAUCAUCUAUGGCUUCUUCAACGAGAACUUUCGCCGAGGCUUCCAGGCAGCCUUUAAGCUUCAGCUCUGCUCCGGGGAAAUGAUGCGCAGGGAGUUCUACUCCCAGAGGGGCCAAAGCAAUGCCAUAUUACCGGCAACCACCCACCAGCUGCUGGAGGACCAACCUUCUCAAAAUGCCAAGGAUGAGGAGAAACCAAUUCAGAGAGGGAACUGGAUGAACAACCAGCAGGACUUGAUGAUGGAAGACCUAGAAAAGGCAACCAACAACAAUGGAGUAAAAUGAAAUUUGCUAUGAACUGGUUUAUUCCUUGGCAGAGUCUGAUGUGGUGUGAGGUUCACAAGAUUUAAGCCCUCGCUGGCAAAAACAAAACAAAACACAUCUUAAGAUGUUACUAUUGUAAAGUAUGUAUAAUUUGUAGAAUAGCUGGUUGCUUGGACUAGAUAUGAGGCCUAAUUCUGCCCCCCUUUAUACCAAUGUAAAUCAGGAACAACUUCAUUGAAGUUAGUGGCAUUACACAGGCAUAAACAUGGUAUAAGUGAGAGCAGAAUGAAGACCACUGAUUUAAAUGGAGAUGCUCCUGAUUUACAUUUGGUGUACUGGGGAGCAGAAUCAGGCCUGUAUUGGUUUAGUUUUACACUGUUCUCAGAAUAGGUGAAACAGGGUUGCAUAAAGUUUUGUUAGAGAAAUGUUACAGCAUGUAAUGCUAUUGCUAUUAAUCCAUACAACAGUUUUGUCAGAGUAGAAUCUGAAGAGGUUAUUGAUUUAUUUAAUAUCCACUUAGAUGUUGGGGUUUGGACUGGGUGCGAAUCAUGGAAUGAUUCUGCUGGAACAUUUUCAUUAUUUUUUCAUUAGCCAAUUUUGGACACAAUCAAAAUUUUAUUUUGCAGAUUAGGAUGGUGGUUUAUGAGACUAAUGAAAAAUCCUCCACUUUUAAUUGAACAGUGUCCAUUUUACAAAGUCAGGAUAAUCCAACAAACCCUCGUUUUUACAAGUUAGCUGUUAAAUUCACUUCAUUUAUUAAUAGCCCCUCCCAGUAUCACUGUUUUAUAUUUAUUGCUCAAGCAUAAUAGCGGGUUCCUGAAAUCAUUCAUUCUGCUAUGUUACCAUUACCAUUAAUUCAAAUGUUAGAGAUUUGCUUAAUAGACCAGCAUUAAUGUUUUAAUCCUCUGAAUAUAGAAUAUUGUGCCACCCAGCUUCCAGGCAAAUGUAUAAUUUGUAUUCACAGUGCUUCUGGCCUGGAGAUAUUGUAUGCUGACUGGUUUUUUUAAUAUAUCUGCCUGUUUGAACUGGUGUGAGGUGUGCAGCUUCUAUGGCUUCUUAUUUGUUCCCCUUUCUGGCUGAUUCUUUAGUUAAUUUUGUGAUUGAACUGUCAUUCAGUUUAUCUGUCUCUCAGUUUGAGAAAUAAAAAGGAUUAAGGAUGUGAGAAAUAAAAGAAAAGCUGCUUUUAUGCUGCA